AUGUUAUUCAAUCCAACCGACACAUCCGACGAUAUAUCGGCAGAGAUUUCCUGGGUGGCCUCUCUGUUCGAUAACCCGGGCAUCAUACUCCCGCGCUCUGAUAGCUCUGGUCAUAUCCACAAAGGCCCUCAGUUGGCAGAACAGGAGACGUCUCCAGUUCACGAUCCCAAGUCUCUUAGUACGUCAGUACCACAUGGAUCUUCUUUUUCUACGUGUAAUUGCGUCCAACAGUCGAUCGAGCAGCUUGCCAAUUUCAAGUCGCUUAGCCGUUCUCGACAGACGCUUCGGCCAGACUUUGUUCUCACUGUGGCCAGAGACUCUCUUGCGGCAUGGCAAAUGCAUCAGCAAUGCCCAAGCUGCCAGCAUAGUGACGACAAAGAUAUAUUGGUCUUAUCAGCCAUGGCCCUCCGGGCUCUGUUGAAUCUAAUCAAGGAGACUGGUCAUCAACAUGGAUACCAGUCUCCACCAAACGAAAAGAAGGAUGACAUGGCAUCUAAGAAUGGUUGUUCAUCCCCUGUAUUCAACUCGGAUCCCUCCUUUGUGGGUAGCUAUCAACUAGCGUGCGAGGAGAAGCAACUUGUUGUGGGGCUUCUGUUACAAAGAAGGCUCAGUCAUCUUAAUAAUGCAAUCGAGCAUCUCAGACAAAAGAGCCUGCGAAUAGCUGGUACCUCGCCCAGAAGUACCAAAUUCACAAGAUCAUCUCGAUCUCAUAGCAGCUCCCUAUCUCAGUCGACUAUGGGCUCGAAUUUCUGUUGUGGUCUUCCGGCAGACAUGAAUUUUACUGAAGGAAUGGAGGACUUGAGUUCUGUUGGGUACGAGAUGUCGUUGGAUGAACACGACAACUAUUUACAGGAUUCUUUGCAAAGCUCGACUGAGAUCGUCGAAUCUCUCCUCACGAAAUUGCAGACCCCUGAUAUGAGGCAGACUCCUAAUGACGGCAAUACAUUUCGCUUCUGA